GAUUGGACGGGGGGGACCAGGUGCUGUAGGAAAGGGUGUCCGCUGCGCUGUCACCGUCACACAUAAAUACACCGACAGCAGGGUGGCGAGAUAAACACAAACAGCCCGGAGUACAAACUUUCACCAUCACCGGAGUUACUGUAACACACAGGUAGGACACUUUAUAGACACGCCUGUUUGUCCGUGUGUUUCGCACUGAGCUAAAACGUGAGCUCAGGGUCUAUUAGCUCAGUCACUCAGGUUAGCACAGGGCUAACACAGAUGUUAUUCAGAUAUAAUGAGACUGUAGGGAGAUACUGCUAACAGGAGCUGCUGCAGCUGUGGUCAAAGUAGUCUGGGAGCUGCUCAGAGUCCGCUGAGACCCAGAGGGAACGGUUUCAUGUACGGUUUCAUGGGUUAGCCCGCUAGCUGAAUGCUCCUUAUGACACGGUAACACUUUUAACCGCAACACCGGGUCCACUGAAGCUAAAGCUGUCAGCCUGUGUUAUAAAUUAGACUCUAAACGCUGUCCGUGGAUCAUUUAUCUACCUGUUUACUCUGUUUAAACCUUUGUCACACACCUGUCCGUCCUUAGUGAGUUAACCUUUUUGACAGAGAGACAUUAGCGACUUAACCUCAACUUCCAGGAAAUCCCGACACUGCCCUUUCACCCAGUUAGCUCAGCAUGGUUCGUUUAGUUAGCCCACUCAGCUCUGGUCUGUCUGGGUGAUAUGUAUCUGCUCCCGAGAGUAGUUUGGACUGUUUCGGACUGACUGUCAAACAUCACAGCAGCUGUAUGUGCUAACAUGCUAGCUGCUCCUUGUUCCCAUUCACCUUGUCAGUAAGCUAACUUGCUGAGGCUAAUGCAGUGCAGCUCAAUGAUGAAACACUGAGAUGAUGAGGUCUCACCAUGUCAUCUGUUUCACAACAUAUUUGUGCUGAUUCACAGUGAUCACACUCUGAUUCAUCAAACUUUUUAUUCUUUAUGUUAGAUCGUUAUGAUUGAAAUAAUUAUGGUUUUAGUGUCAGCAGAAGCUACAGUCACUACAACAGCAGAGGAUAGAGAACUAAAAUGAUCUGUUUCAGAAAAAGGUAGUUGAAUGAAACUUCCCUGAUGUAAAAGUUAAACUACUAAAAUAAAUAACACAUUGUGAAUAAAAGAGUACUAAAGAGUACUCUAACCAAGUUAUUAAAAUGCUGUUUUUAGGUGUUUAACAUUUCAUGAUGUCUACCAAAUGUACAGACAAAACUACAUGUCAAAAGCAUAGCUGUCAGGUAGGGCUGGGUGAUAUGGGAAAAAGUUUAUCACGAUAUAUUUUUUUCAUAUCAGUCGAUAUCUAAACAUAUCACAAUAUGAGAAAUGAAAUUUAACAGUGCUUAUUGGUAGCAUGUCUUUUGCAAUACAAUAAGCUACUGCAUAUGUGAGGUCUCUGUGUCUCUUUGACGUUUUGUCAUAAGGCGUUGCGCUCAUAGACUGUGUAUAGAAUGGACAGAGUCUGCCUCCUCGCUGAGUGAAGCCACUCCGAGAACAGCACCCUCUGUUGAUGGGCUGCAGUAUAGGUCAUAAAUCCCGCCUCCGCCAGCAAAGCUUAUGGAGCUGCGGACAAACUUAAGAAAUUUAUACACAGAACAUAAAUUUUUCUCCCCACUGCUUGUGAUGUUGACAUGUAGUUACAGUAAGACUGGUUUGUGCUCAAGUCCUUUUUUUUCUCUGUGCAGUUCCAUUUUUAAAAGUUAUUAGGGGGUUCAUGUUUUCUUUGAUUGACACCUGAUACAGCCUAUUGGCAUUCAGGGAUUGCAUAGCUCACCCGGGGGUAAUGCUGUUUGAGCCGAGCGUCAUCACAGUGACUCUCGGUGACUCUCUCACUGAAUGCGCACAACGCUACUGCACAGCGCUGGUUUCAGGAAAUGAAAAAAAUUGGAAUUUAUUGCCCAGCCCUUCUGCCAGGACACCAGAGUUGUUAUUUUGAUAUACUACAGUAAUAGAAUUAGACAUUUGGUACAAACCUGGAUAUCACAGCAACAAAACCUGAGCUCCUGACCUCUCAGAAUGGUUACGUUUAUCAGUUUCGCUUCUCAUCUUACCUUCUGACACUCACACUUGAUGACCUGUAUUUGAUGCUGAAUGUGACCCUUCCUCUUUCCCUGCUCAGGAUGCCUGGUUCAGCCCCGAUCAGCUGUUUGGGUCCAUGGCCCAAAGAUGUGGGCAUCAUUGCCAUGGAGCUGUAUUUCCCGUCUCAGUAUGUGGACCAGGCGGAGCUGGAGCAGUUUGAUGGCGUGUCGGCGGGUAAAUACACGUUGGGCCUGGGUCAGGCGAAGAUGGGUUUCUGCUCUGACUGCGAGGACAUCAACUCUCUGUGCCUGACGGUGGUGCAGAGGCUGAUGGAGAGGAACAACCUGUCUUAUGACAGCGUGGGCCGGCUGGAGGUCGGCACAGAGACCAUCAUCGACAAGUCCAAGUCGGUGAAGACCGUCAUCAUGCAGCUGUUCGAGGACUCUGGAAACACUGAUGUGGAGGGAAUCGACACCACCAACGCCUGUUACGGUGGAACAGCUGCUCUCUUCAAUGCUGUCAACUGGGUGGAGUCUAGUUCCUGGGAUGGUGAGGACAAACACACAGAGUCAAUGAUCAUUACCACACUGAGUUAUUUAAGGGUCCGUAAAUUUAAUCAAUACUUUACUCUAUUGAAGCAUCAGAAGAGUCUCAGUUUCCCAAAGUCAAAGAUACAUCUUUAAACUCAGAAUGAUAUGGUCACUGUUUUCUUUAUGUUGAUCUGUUGAUCACUGUGUGUUUCAGCAGGUAGAUACAUUCAUAAGCUGUAACCACUCAAACAUAGUGUUUUUAACUUUCUUUUUCAGAUGAUAGCACCCUAGGUUCAGGAUAUUUUUCACAUGGGUGAUCUGGUCAUGAGUUCAGCAGCACAUCAUUAUAAAUCUCACAUGAUUUAGGGACAGAUUUUAAUUCACAAACAAACAAAAGUUUCAAAGUACAAACUAGUCAUCAGAUAAAGUGCAGUGUUGUCUUACUGUCUUGCACAGACCGUCCUCUGUGUCUCUGACUUGAGGAUUCAUUUAGAUUUUCUGUCUCUAAACCCUCCCCUCUCCUUUCUGCAGGUCGGUAUGCGUUGGUGGUAGCGGGGGAUAUUGCUGUCUACGCCACAGGCAGUGCCCGGCCUACAGGGGGCGCUGGAGCGGUUGCCAUGCUGGUGGGGCCGAACGCUCCUCUGGCGUUUGAACGAGGUCAGUGAGGUGAUAGACUGAGAGUCUGUUGGUCUGCAUUCUCCGUCCAUUGUUUUGCUGAUUAAACCCUCACUGUUUGUUAUCUCACACUGGCACUGAUAUAUCCAUCAUCUUCAUCAGUCUAUGGGCUUCUCAGGAGUCUGAGGUCAGACUGCAGACACUGUGUUAGUGUUUUUGUUGUAUCUCUUGAAUCAGAGUGUUAACUAAGAGGUAAUGUUGUCUAACUGUAGACACUCCAGUCUUAAACUCAGAGAUUUCACUUUUAUUUAGAAAAAGCAUUAGCAGUCAGACUCCAGAUAGUGUUUAACAUACAAAGACAUGCCAUCGCUGCUCCUGCAAAUAUUUAACAACAGUCAGAACACAUGCAGAUGACUAUCAAGCUCAUUAUUAUGGAUAUUAGUGUUUACAGACAUACUGGAGGAGCUGACAGAGAGACUCAGUCUUUUUAAAAGAGAGGAGGGUGGAGACACAGACUGAAUCAGUGUAUAAACAGAAAAACAGAGUCUUUUCAGUCCUCACGGAGAGAGAGUCACAUUCAGCUCUAAACACAAAGACAGAAGUUUAGGAAUCCUGUAAUCUUUGCUAACAUCUACAGGAAGAGACUUUACAACAUGAGACUCAUAACAGACUCUGAUUUACUGUCUUUCAUUUAAUGAGUCAUAGAUAAUAUAUGAUAGAGUAUCAUGAGUGUUCUUGUUUCUUAGCUGCUGGUUUUUUUUUGCAUCUGUAGGUCUGAGGGGGACCCACAUGCAGCAUGCCUAUGACUUCUACAAACCGGACCUGAUGUCAGAGUACCCGGUGGUGGACGGGAAGCUGUCCAUUGAGUGCUACCUGAGCGCGCUGGACCGCUGCUACUCCGUGUACCGCAACAAGAUCCAGGCUCAGUGGCAGAGAGGUGGGUCUGACAGACAACAUGACAGACUGUUGUGUUCCCUGUAUCACAGGUCCAGGUGAAAUGUCACAUAUUGUUACAGUUAAAGUAGGUGUGUGUCUGUGUGUGUAGCUGCUGCAGCUCGCAGUCCGCAGAGAUCACAGAGUAAUGAGUAAAGAGGCUUAAGGACAUUAACUGCCUGCUGGGCCGAGGAGUUAGCCUGAGUUCAGGGACCAUGAGGCGAGCAGAACCUCAAACCUGACCUCUGACUCUGACAGGUAUCUGCCAUGCUGCUGUCUUUGACCCCACAAUCAGCUCUGUCAGCUUUUCAUUUCAGAGCCUGUCAAAGUGAGGACGCAGAGAGACCACAGAGAGUUGAUAAACAUAGCAGCUGUCAGAGUCUCACUGUGUGACUGAGACGUUUCAAACAGGAGACUGACUCAGUCAGAGCUCCACUAACAGAUAAACUCUGUCAGUAUAUUAUAAACUUAGAGCUUCUAUGUUAUCAAAGUUUUGGCAGAAACAUCUGCUGCCUUUCAAAGGUGACGAUUCUGUAUCAAUCUACUGAUAUUAACUGAUAUGUGUGGUCGUAAUAAUGAUCCUGUCCUUGCUCAGUGGAGCCGCAACCUGCAGUCCUCAAUCUAAAAAGACUUUUACAGCCCAAAAUCCACGAGUUCAGCUCUCAGUCUGAUGGUUACUUGGUUUGUCUCUACAGAGGGCACAGAGAGGCGUUUCGGCUUGGAUGACUUUGGCUUCCUGGUGUUUCACUCUCCGUACUGUAAGCUGGUGCAGAAAUCUUUAGCUCGGCUCAUGCUCAACGACUUCCUGAGUCACCCUAACCCUGACACAGAAACCGGACCCUUCACAGGACUGGAGCCAUUUAGGUACAAUUCAGACGUCAGUAUCAUAGAGACUCUGUGUUUGUGUGUGUGUGCGCGCGACCCUGCUGACCUGUGCGUUUGUGUGUGUCUUAAAGGGACGUGCGGCCUGAGGACACUUACUUUGACCGGGAUGUGGAGAAAGCCUUCAUGAAGGCUAGCUCAGAGCUGUUUGAGAAGAAGACCAAGAGCUCCCUGCUUAUCUCCAACCAGAACGGAAACAUGUACACGCCGUCCGUCUACGGCUGCCUCGCCUCACUCAUUGCACAGUAAGAACCCUCACUCGCUUAUUAUUUCAUGCAUUACACAGUAAAAACCAUCAUGUUGUUUUCUGAAAGCUUGACUCCAGACAGCCUCCUACAAAUAUAAGGUGAAUAGUCUGUUCACUGAAGACUGACUUUUAUUUACUUUCAUAGUAAGAGAUCACACGCCUCCUCACCUUACUGUAGAAGACUAAUCUUCACAAUAUUUACAGAGCCAAGAUGUUUUAGUAAGAGGUCAUGAAUGGUCUUAUUUUGGGUAAAACUCAUAGUGACUGAUAGCAGCAACUCAUGCCGCCCUCACAGAGCUGCGACUGACACACAGUCAACAUGCAGCUGACCUGCAGCCUGAGUUAUGGCGAUAAUAUCACAACAGAGAGCCGUCAUGCACAGUAACCAUCAAAUAGGUAGUGCGCUUCCAGUCUGAGGUCACUGUUGAGACAGAGCCUGACAGACAAGCUGCAGGGCAGGAAGAAACACAUGCACAGCAUCUAACAGUACAUACAGAAAUAAGCCCCAGCCUUUCAAAUAUACACAAUAUGUUUAUUUAAUAUGAUAACUAAUGAUUAUCUGUUUCAACACCGCCACCUAAUGGUAUAUUACUGUAACAUUAUAUAUAUAACAGAGAUUGUGAGCUGAUAACAGACAUUAAAGAGAAUGUGUGUGUGUGUGUGUGUGUGUGUUGCAAACACAUGAUUCUGAAAAUUGACAUAAUUUCAGUGUUAUGUAUGUAUUAGAGAUGGUGUGUAUUUAUCUCUGUGUGUGUGUGCGUGUGUGUGCAGGCAGACUCCCUCUCAGAUUGCGGGGCAGAGGAUCGGGGUCUUCUCCUAUGGAUCAGGAUUUGCUGCAACACUUUACUCCCUCAGAGUCUCUCAGGAUCACACACCAGGUGAGUCUGAUCACCUGAGUCAGGUUAUUACAGAACAUGAGACUUUAUCUGAACUCUGUGGUCGUUAUAUCAUGAUAAACGUGUUCCCCCCUCUCUCUGUCUGUGUGUUUCAGGAUCCAGUCUGGACAAAUUAGUGUCCAGUCUGAGUGACCUGCAGGUCAGACUGGACUCCAGGAUGAAGGUGUCUCCUGCUGUUUUCUCUGAGAGCAUGAAGCUGAGGGAGGAGACACAUCACCUGGGUAUGAACCUGCUGUCACACCCGUGUCAGUCAGUCCUCUAUCAUGUGGCCUACAUCCUGGCUCCUUGGGUCCUAUCUUCUUGUCCCAAAUGUCAUAUGUCCUGUCAUGCCACAUCCUGUCUUUUCUCCUUGUCUUUUGUAUCCUGAGUUUUAUUUCCUGUCCCCUUGCAUUCCUGCGUCCUUACAGCCAGUUACAUCCCUCGGAGCUCAGCAGAUGACCUGUUUCCUGGGACCUGGUAUCUGACUCGAGUGGAUGAGAAGCACCGCAGAGAGUACGCCCGCACGCCUGUUGAUCUCCACCUGCCCGGAGAACCAGACCUGGUGUGCUCCAACAACACCAACAACACUGCAGAGGUGAGUCAGUGAGGUGGAGCCCCCACAGAGGAAAUAAACCCGUAAUAAAAUGAGCUGAUAGGCUGUCAGACUCAGCCAAUCAGAAUCAGACCUCUCUGUAAUAAUGACACAAACAGCAGAUCCAUAAUCUUCCUGUCCUUCUCUUCUUGCAGCACAUCCCCAGUCCUGCCAAGAAGAUGCCUCGUAUCCCAGCAGCCCCUGCAGGUCCUGAGGCUGCAACUGUCAGUAACUGAGCGUGCUCCGUCCACCUCCCAGAGAUUCAACAGAGAAAACUAUAGAGACUAGAGGAAAGUAGAGGUCAAAGGUUAGACAGAGCCUAAGCUUAAUUCAGAGAGAGGAAUCAUCACUACACCAUGGAGUGAGGGGUGGGGUGGGGGGGGGACAUUGACCUGGAUCUGGACCGAGACCCCCCCUCAUGUUGGUCCCUGAUUUUUAAGGGACAGAAGACUAAAGAUCUGUCAGUUUCCGUUUAUUUAGUCCCUUUAUUUCAGAUUUUUAUGUUGGUGCUGAAAUGGACGGGGCUUCAGCACAGGUUUGCUGAGCCGACAGACUGCAUGCUGGCAGCCUGACAUCGAAAAAUAGAAAAUGGACUUAACGACUGUUGAUUUAAAGAACAAAGAGGACAAAGCCUUGCUGUGUCUGAAUGUUGUUGGUGGUUUUCAGCGCAGAGUGUCUAUGGUGCUCAGACGGUUUGCUCUGAUAGGGACAAACAAUCCGAUAGAAAAUGUGUUUAGUUGAUGACCAUGUGUGUUUGUGAACUUCAUUUUACGAGCCUUAGACAGGUUCAUCACUGAAAAUCCUCCCUCACAGGUGCAACCUGCUGCCUGAUGCUGCUCAGCAGUGACUGUUAUCAGCUUAUAAAAGUUCAUAAUGUUGAUUCAAACAUGUCAACUCAGACAGACGUCCUGUCAGGAGACUGGAAAUAUCAUGUGAACACAAACACCCACAUGAACACACACACACUACAACUCCCAGAGUUUAUCUAUCUCUCACACCGUGACAGAGUCUCCGUGUGAGAGCUGGAUGAGUCACUGACAGAUGGGAAUAAGUUCUCCAGAACUCCAAAUCCAUAGGAGUCAGGAUGCUGUGUUAAAUGUAGUAAACAGAGAAUCAAAUGGUUUGUAAAUAAUUUAUUGGGAAGACUACAGAUCAAAUGUUGGGAUUGUUUAAUGAAAAAUCUGUUCCUUUUAAAUUCAGUGUUAGUAACAUGUUUCUAAAAAGUAGUUCCGGGUCUUCCCUGAAAAGCUCUUUGUCUGGAUGGCAGCAGAUGUUGCUCCUAAACCUGUAGAUAUUAUUCAGCAUUAGCCUUCACAGAUGUUACAGAUGUCCCCUCAGUACAGAGAUUUCUCCAGAUUCUCUGAAUCUUUUAAUGAUAUUAUGUUCUGUAGAUGAUGAAAUCCACUCAUUCUUUCACAUUUGACACUCAUUAUUCUGAAACUCUUAAACUAUUAGUUCACACAGUCUCUCACAGAGUGAUGAACCUCUCUCUAUCUUCCCUUCUGAGAGACUCAGCCUCUCUGAAUGUCCUUUUUAUACCCAGUCAUGUUACUAACCUUUUAAUCCCAGUAGUCUGAGAUGUUCCUCUAGCUGUUUUUAUUAUUAUUAUUUUUAGCAUUACACAACUUUUUACCUGUUUGGUUCCUUUAACAACUUUUAACAAAUAUGUUGCUGCAUCAAAUUUAAAAUUAGCUGAUUUUUUUAAAGUACUACUUUUGUAGUUUCUACUUUUGAUUUGUUGUAUUGAACCAUUUUCGGUCAAACACAGACUUUAAAUAAUUUAUAAACCAUCAAAAAUGUUGUUUCAAUCACAGCUUUACAUGGCGUCCUGACUCUUAUGAAUUUAGGUCGACGAUCAAAGUCGUGAAAUUUACAGACAGCUGAAUCCAGAGUGUUUUUCCUUGCUAAGAUGCAUUGGGGUUGUGAUGGUUGGGGGGUGAGGCUAAAUCUGUCCUGAUGAUGGGAGCAGGUUCUUAAACUGCAAACAAGCUUUAAUGUCAGCCAUGUUGGCUCAGACUGCAUCAGUCUAAUACAGCCCAACUAUGAACAUAUCAAUGUCAGACCUGUGUUUAUCAUAUCUGUGUUACCUGACAGACUCACCUGUCCUACAGGUGUGACAAUGCCGUGACCUGCUGCCUCACUGAAGUGUGUUUCUAUGUGUUAAGUCAGCUGGAGGGUGUGUCAGGUAAUCAGGACUCACCUGUGUGGAGGUGAAAUCACUGAGUGUUUGUCAGCGUUCAAAGAAAGUGAGAGAGAGAGAUGGUUUAUUCAUGUUAAAGCCUUAAACAAAGGGCUCAGAGGUCAGGAGGGUCAAGUCUGAGACCACUAUUCCAUUUGCCGUGGGACUUCAUUCAACAGGGAACCAAACAAAUACGAGAGGAACAGGGCUGCACUCAGGUCCUGCUCCUGAUCUUGUGGAUCAGAGGCCCUCAGGCUGUAGCUGUGAGGGUAUUUGUUUUUCUGAAGCCUUACAGUAAAUAAAAUAAAUGUACAGAGCUUGUUUAUCUCAGAGUGUACAGGUAUUUACACCUACUUCUUAUUGUACAGUCACAGCCAUGCACACACACACUCUUACAGUAAACCUGUAUCUGUGUGUGUGUGUGCGCAGGGCCUGGUUACAUGACCCUGUUUGUAUACUGUACAGACAGUCAGAUUAUUUAUGCUGUGUAGAUACAAUGAAUACUUACAGACUGUAUAAACUGUAGAUCCAGAAUAAAACAACUAUCAACAUGUGUGUCUUAA